CUAAAAACUUGAUGUUUGAAGCAUUCAAAAAGACUGACUCUCCCAUAACACACAAGUAUAAGCUUAGCAAAGUUACAUCUAACAGUACCAGAAACUCUUUCUCUCCAAUGCAAAACUUUCAUAAGAAAGAAACUGAUUUGGAUGAUGAGAUAGUUAGACAAAGAACAAGUUCCAGAAAUGUGCUAGAACUCUUCCCUAGCAGCAAAAAGGCUAAAAGUGGGUUCACACAUACUAUCAAGAUUAAAAGGUCUUCCUCAAUGAUUCAUAACACUGUUGAGUAUGGUAAAUCCCUACACGAGAUAUCAAAUAAUCCAGAGCCCAAACUUGAUCAAGAAAAGCUAAAUCUGAUCAGAGAAGAGACAAAGAAAAAUCUUCCAUCAAAUUCUCAAAGUAACAGCAUCAGCUUUUACUCUGGAUCAAUUUCAGUGUCUCAAUCAGAAGGCACCUCCUACGCCAAUGAUUUACAAAAUUAUCAAAUAAUGAUCAGGAAGCCUGAUGAGAAGACUCCUGUGAAGGCUUCUGACUCGAAAGUGAUAAAUCUCCCGGCUAAAAGUCCAUUUUCAAAGUUAAAAUCUGGUAAAAGAAGGUCAAUUAGUGAGAACAAACUUAUAUCAGGGAAGACUAUUCAAGGCUCUUCCUUGCAGAGCCCAAUCUUGGACAGACUUAAAGAGACUAGAAGAGAUGAGAAAAGAAAACAAAAAUUACUCGAACCUAUCUCUAGUGGUUUUAAGGCUAACAAUAUGGGGAAUAGAAAGAAGCCCAAGAAGAGUCUCAAGCCAAAGAAGAAGCAUGUUGCCCUUCCUAGUAUCUAUCAGCCUAAUAAAAGUUUGAAAACAUUCAGAAAUUUUAAUCAUAAGAUGCCUCUAAAAGUUCAGAAUACGUUGUAUAACUAUACUAAACCAUCAAGAAAUUUUACUAAGUUGAAUUUGAUGACAGAAGCAAGUGCAAUGACACAAAGAGUGAAUCAGAACCAUCUAGCUUUGUACUCCCCAAAACCUAACCUCAGAUAUCAGAAUGGAGCACCUUAGCUACUCAGGGUUGAAGAUCAGAAGGUUA